AUGAGCAUAUCCGACCCGCUGGUAGUGCUGUUGCCCCGCCAGUCGGCGAGCAACCGGAGCAGAAAUGCUGAACUGCCGGUGCACCAGGGAUCCUGCCUAGGUUUCUCCUGAGCUUACAGAGGAGCAUUGAGUUAUGACGACGAGCGUGUUUGAAACUGAUCCUGACUUUGGAUACUGAGUAGAAGUAAUCACAGGAGCAGAAAAUCAGCUGAGGAGAAACAUUUACGUUAAGCCAGCCGGUGUGACAGUCAACGCGCGUGGGAAUGGCAGCUCCCCGGCCGAUAAAAGGCAUCCUGAAAAACAGGAACAGCGGGACAAACGUCAAAUCACUUCCCGAUGAGGUUCAAGCAGAGAAUCCCGAACAAUCCCAUGGACUCUCGGAGGAGGACCAGCACAAGAAAUCCCAGAAAUGGGACGAGAUGAACAUCCUGGCCACAUACCAUCCAGCAGACAAAGACUACGGUCUGAUGAAGAUCGAUGAACCCAGCACACCUUACAACCGGAUGGUCGGAGACGACGAGGACGAAGGGGCGCUGAGUGACUCGGACGGCCACACCGCACUCGCAGCUGAUGACCUGGCAUCAAAGCUGGUGGCAGCAGAGGGCUCAGAGCCUCGCUUCAUGAAAGAAGAGGAGGAGGAGGAGGAGAGCAGCGAGGAAGAGGAAGAAGAGCUGACUCCUGAAGAACAAGCCAAAAAGAAGCAUUUUCAGAUGAUGAGGAAGAUGCAUUACAACGAGGGCCUGAACAUCAAGCUGGCCCGUCAACUCAUCGCCAACGAGCUGGAAGAUGAGGAAGAUGCAGACGAAGAGAUGAGGGACGACACGGAGGAGACGGAGGAGAUCAGUGUCGACCCGCCACAGGAAGCUGAUUCUCUGGACUCGUAGACGAGGCCUCUCUCCUGCCUGCAGUACCUGUGUGUCGGCUCAAGAUCCGGACAGACAAUGCUCGCUGCGCUCUGUGUUUCAAUGCUGGGCCAAACAGCAGACACCGCUUCACCACCCAUAUAACAACCCUCAACAGCCAAUAACCUCCCAGUCACCUGUCUGUCUCUACUAUUCCUUAGAGUGCAAUAUAACCUUCAAACACACUGGUUUUUAUCUCCCAGACUCAAUAGAACACACAAGCGAAGACUGAUGGUCCCUCCUCUUCCCCCUCCUGUUGCCAAGAACCCCCCCCCACCUCCCACCCCCCUCCCCUCCCACCUCUUCUGGACUGGCAUCGCACUGAAGAAUAUGUGAUUCUGACCGUGAAAAGAGGAUCAAGGCCUUUUUAAAAAAGAAAAACAAAAAAAAAAAACACAAGAAAAAACUGCUGAAUAACCAGGACUCUUGUCUGGCCGCUCCUCAGUCCCUCUGCAGGCCACAGAGCCAGUACGUCAGCCCUGAAGGAGGCCCGGGGAAACCCUGCGGCCUCGAUAAAAGGCAUAUGUGAGAGAUGACGACGGUGCUUGUACUGGGUGCAGCUCAGACGGCCUUUGUUUUCGUUUAGCUUCGUGACUCACCGCUCCGUUGCAGUUUUCUCUUCACCUUCAGUACUUUUUGUGAUAAAAGUCGGGGAACCUUGAUGAUCAGUUAGGUUGUUUUGUCUUUGUUUUAAUCCACAUUUCACGUCUCGAUAAAGGGGUUACAUGGCCUAUCAGGUAAUGAUACGCCAUCGGAACAGAAUUAUUUAGCUUCAUAUUCAUGUGUGAUGAAUUAGGUGUGACAUAUUCGUUUUUAAUAGUAUACAUAGACCACAAAAUAACAUAGCCUACACAAGAGAGAUUUGUAUUCAAUCUAAAUUUGACGUCUUACAACCGACAAUGUUACUAGUAAUUAACACAUGGAUGCUGUCGCGUCUCAUGAUGAUGCUUGUGAUGAACUGUACGCUCUUAAAAUCAAGUAAAACUACACAGAUUAUAAGUAUUUUAUUGGCACUUGGCUGAAUUUGCUCCAGUACUUCCUAUUUACUUUCUCUCCUGAUGAGAAAAACCACAGCACCAAACCUCAUCAAAAUUCUGGCAGUUUUAUAAACAUACAUACCUCAUAGAACUUGAGUGAAGGCCUUUUCCAAAUCAAGUCCAUUGAUAAAUUUGCCAUGUUGGUUUUCUAUCAAGAAGCACUUUUUUUUUCCCAUUCAGUAAUGAGUAUUCUCUUGCAGAGAGUGCAGGACAAGCCGGUAAUCCCGUUUUGAAAUGAUCAAAACAGUAAAAACUUGAGUCAUGGCCCCUGUGUUCCUCCUGUACAGAGCAGUAUGGUGUUUGUGUCGGCACUUAAAACAUUUUAAGAUCAUAGGAGGGACAGUAUUAAAGUCUCAUAACUGAGGUAAAGCACGUGCUACUGAUGAACAGGACACUGUCCUGUUGGAAAAAGGCUCCCGUCUUAAACAAGUUACAGCUUUAAGCGACAGACUCUUACGUAGAUCUGACAGAAAAAAAAAAACCUCACUGUGCUCUCGCUCACAUCACAUCUGAGCUUCAUCUGACAGAAUUUGUGAGUAAGUUCUCUCGAGGAAGGUACAAUCUAGUUUGCGUUUGAUUUCUCACCCGGCUUAUAUGUCAUGAUGCUUUAUUUAAUGUCGUCUGAUCUACUUAAGUCUCGAUGCAGCGUAGGAAUGUGAAAGAAAGACAUUGUUGAUGCUACUGAGGCAGUUAAAGAACUGUGUGGAAUGCAGGAUGUUGGCGGUGGAGUUUAACCACUACGGCUUAUGGAGGGAGUUCAAGAAUUUUUGUAAUGUUUAGGGUUCCUACAAGUGUCACAUCUUAAAAAUAUUGUUGAAAUGGACAAAGUAUUGAGGGGAAAAAAAAAGGUCAUGGUGCACAUUUAAUUGCACACUUGAAGUUUCCAGAGAUUUGUCCUCAGCUUCACACUGUGCGGCGUCACAUUAGGGAAAAGACUGCAAGAAAAGUAUGUAGGAACCCUGUCUUGUGUUGUGAUUUUCAUAAUUUUUUUUCCCGACCUUUUAAUUCCUCACUGUGUUCGGAUAUGUUGAGCCCUGUGUGUCAUGGAAAUACAAAAGAUCACCAACCAACAAUAUGACUUCUGCAAACUCCCCUUUGCAGUUUUUUUCUCCCCCCUUGUAGUUCAGUAUUCGGUGGUGUUUUCUCUCCAUGAUGGAGGUUAAAAGAAACCUGGUGAUCCUUUUGGCCAUUUCCACCCACCAACAAGAACUCACUAUGGUGAGAAGACAAAACAUACGAGCAGUUGAUUAUCACAAAAUUAUGGUAAAAGAGAGAAUACAGAUUUUUAUUUUUUUUUGACAGUUUUCUUCUAUUCGGUCGCUGAAUUUGUAAACGCGCAGCUGCAGAGAAGCUGAGAUGAAUCUUAAGAAUUUGGUUUACGACUGAAGGACAAGAUCGUCCAAAACACGUCUGACGUGAUCACCAGUUUGGUGGUUAUUACCUGUCGAAUGUGCCUCUAAUGUAUUUAUGUACAUGUGUGUAAUAUGAAGAGGCUAUGCUCCAUAUUACUGUUUUUUUUUGUUUUUUUUUUAACGUCCAGUUUUUUUUGGUUUUUUUGCCUCAUGUUUCCACCAUCUUGCUUUUUGUUUGUUUUUGUUUUCUAAGGAUGAUAGACUAUUAAAGCAGUCCUGUGACUCUGCACUGUGUGUCUGUCUCAACAUGACGUGGAUCUUAAAGUCGUUUUGUAUUUCUGGUUUGCAUGUUCUUAAUCAUAAGAUUGUGUGUAUUCGGUUUUGUUUUUUUGUCUCCCAUCAUUAAAUAAAGUUGCUAGGAACUGG